ACUUUGUUUCAAUGAACACACUCAUAACAACCCAAUAAAUGACUAUUGCCAUUUGGUUUCGCCUCCCUCCCUGCAUUCUCACUCAAAUGGUUUCUCCCUGCAUAUAUUCGGCAAAACUCAGCCAACAACAGCAGUCUGUGUUCAGAACUGCGAAGGGACCGAGCGGAAGGCAGCACAAUGGAAAAGAGCGCUUUAGAGGACGAACAUAUGAAACUUUGCUUCUGUUGAUUGUAAUCAGCAAUAAAAUGCUGCCUUGGAAGAAGAAUAAGUUCGACCUGAUUGAGGAAGACAGGCAGUCCAAGCAGAAGGGCUAUGCUGUGAGCCUCAACUACUCUGCGCUCACCUCUUUCGCCAAGUCCUGCCCCGAGAGCGCACUCAACAGGGUGGGCAGCAUGUUCAAGUCAAAGAGGAAAAAGGUGAAGAUCACCAGCGAGGACCCCACGUACACGGUGCUCUACCUGGGGAAUGCCACCACCAUCCAGUCCAAAGGUGACGGCUGCACGGACGUGGCGGUGAGCAAAAUCUGGGGCAAAAGUGAAAUGGGCAAGAACGGCACCAAGAUGAGGCUGACCAUCAGCUCGCAGGGCAUUCGGAUGGUGCAUGUGGACGACAAGGCCAGGAGGCCGGGACACUUGUACUUGCUACACCGGAUAACCUACUGCGUGGCGGACCCGAGGCUACCCAAGAUCUUCGCCUGGGUUUACAGGCACGAAAUGAAGCACAAGGCGGUGAUGCUGCGCUGCCACGCAGUGCUGGUGUCCAAGCCGGAGAAGGCAAAAGCCAUGGCGCUGCUGCUGUACCAGACCUCGGCCACGGCCCUGGCUGAGUUCAAAAGAAUAAAACGGAGGGACGACGCCAGGCACCAGCAGCAGCAGCUCAUAGGGGAACAAACCAUACCGUUGGUCCCCAUCAGGAAGCUGCUGAACGGACAGUGUUACUACAAACCCCUGGUGGAGCGCAGCCGCAGCGCGCCCAGACUGGGCUCUAUCACUGAGGACUUGGUCGGCGAGGAGGAGGAGGAGAAAGCGAUGCACUUUGAGUGUGAGGACAUUCUGGACACGGACGGACAUCGCGUUGCCAACGGCAAGCCGGAGUUGUCUCAGAUUAUUAAUGAUUUGGGAGAGAUGAGUAUAGGAAACGACGUGCAGACACUGAAAGCUGACCUCAGAGUCACCAGACUUCUGUCUGGAGAGAGCACGGGGAGCGAGUCCUCCAUAGAGAGCAGCCAGGAGCCCCCUCCGCUCACUAACGGGUUUGAGGAGGUAAAGGGGCAGGAAAUCGCCUGAAUAGUUUGAAGCAUUUAUUUGGUGCCUCUGUUUUGUUGAGCCACGGCGUCUUUACAAGGAACAUUUCCUGUGUCUACAACCUUGUGUUGGAGAGUGUUUGUGUAAUCUGGUGCCUCCACGACUGAUUGAGAGGGUCCAGAAAAAAAAGAAGGUUCGCGGUUCCGAGACAUUUACCGCGCAUGGACACGCAAUUAGGCUACUGAAUUAUAUUUGAUGAUUGUGUAAACGCUAAAACAAGUGCAUGUCGAUGCGAACCGAGCGCAUCCCAGUGCGCCGCAGGACACACUGCACUAAUUCCAUCUCUUUCGUAUAAGAGGAUUUGCUAUAUCCUCGAGCUUGUUUACCUAACUCUCUAACUCUCACUCUCUCUCUCUCUCUCUCUCUCUCUCUCUCUCUCUCUCUCUCUCUCUCUCUCUCUCUCUCUCUCUCUCUCUCUCUCUCUCUCUCUCUCUCUCUCGAAUGAUGUUUUCCUGUUGAAAGACGCUAAUCAUGAUCCCAAAAAAACGUUCCGUUUAAAAACGUUUUGUUCUUUUCCUAAGUGGAUUUUUAACAGGCAUCCUUAAUUUCCCUGUCAGGGCGCUUUUGCAACAGCCUGUUCAUUUAUGUUAUUUUGCACUCUUGUUGAAUUGAUUUGAGUAUUAUGUCAACUACAUGUACAUAAUGUGUGUUGGUAUGUUAUCUGAAACAUACAUGUCCUAUCUUUGCUGUGCAAAUGAAAACCACCCUGUAUUAAGAUGUAAAAUAAGAUGUUUAAAAUAUGUUAUUUUUGAAAGAAAAUGUGGUUUGUUUUGUGAACCUCAUAGAAUUAUCAAUAAAAAAGAAAAUUAUAUGAAUUUA